AUGAUCGACAACAAAACUUCUUCCUGGCUUCGACGAGGCAAAAGGAGUGCCGCUUUAACCAUGACGUUUCUGCUUGCAGCUGCCAUCUUGUCACUUCGGUGUUCCUAUAGUGUGGAACACAAGCAGGACCGGGAACUAUCGGGGCAUGAUCAACUUCCCCUGCGAAGACAGGCGCCACAGCAAAACGGUGGCGACAUGAAGCCAAAGACCUGGUGCCGUACUCCGGAAGAAUACAAUCGGGGUCAGUGGGUGUACAACGAUUCCUCUGAUGUUACGUAUCCCUACUUGAGCGGUCCGGAUCCAGUGUGGGGCCCCAUCUGUACAAAACUGCAGCGUGAGUAUCUGGAUAGUGGAAACCAAAGUCACAUGUUGCCUGACUUUCUCCGGUACAGGUGGCAACCGGAUGAUUGUGAUCUAGACAACCAAGGAUGGGACCGGGACCAAUUUUGUCGCCGUCUGAAUGGCAAAACGAUUGGUGUUUCGGGUGACUCCAUGUCUCAGCAGUUUAUCCAUUCACUGAUGGGCUUUUCCCACGGCACCAUUGAAGAUCAUCUCAAUUAUGUGGUUCCCGGGAAGUUCUGGGAGGGACAGCCUGACCAUUGGCUUAAGAUUCGUGUUCCUCUUUGUCCCGACGAUGAAAGGUACAACGUUACACUUGUUUAUCAGCGUUGGGACAAAUACCAGGGCCAAGAACAGGAUAGGGCAGCACUGACGGCGCUCAUUGAGGAGUCUGACUAUCUAGUCUUGAAUUGGGGCGUGCACUAUCAGGCGUGGUCCGAUAUGGAGAGAGCAACGGAUGACUUCGUUGGGCUAUUGGAAAAGCUCUGGCGUUCUCCUCACAAGAAACCUGAGCGAUUGAUGUGGAGAUCCACGAACGUGGCUCAUGCGAGGUGUUCUUCUGCCAGGGGCCCGCUGAAAGAGAUUAAAUCAAGCAGUAAUUCCAGUUUUACUGAUGAAACAAAGAGUGUGAUUCAUGAAAUGUAUAGUACUCAAGAGAUACUGUGGCAGGAUUCUUACAUCGUCAAGCCGAGACUGCUGUCGAAGCUACCGCAAACUACCCUGCUCCGUAUCGAGGAGACGACCCUGAAACGCCCCGAUGGCCACCGGGUCGAAGGAUACAAAGGCCAAGAAGACUGCCUCCAUUACUGUGAACCAGGACCAGUAGACCACUGGACGCAACUCUUCUACCAUCAUGUUGUAGCGUUGCAAAUCUAA